GGUGCAGGAGAAGCUGGAAAUUCAACCUCCAUCAAAGAACAGUGAAGUACCCAACCAGCCAACGGCCCAAAGAUGAGCAGCAAGGCUGAAGCAUCCAGUAGCAGGCAAGUUACUACUUCUAUUUACAUUUUGAGUUGAUCCGUUGAAAUUUAUCCAUUCAUUUCCCAUUUGCAGGUUAGGGUUUAUGGGUUUGCAUUUUGAUUUCGUUUCUGAAUUUCUCCCUUAGAAUUAGCAUCCCCUUUUCCUUCUGCAAUCAUUUUCCCUUAGCAGGUUAAGGGUUUAUGUGUUGGAAUUUUGAUUUCGUUUCUGAAUUUUCUCCCUUAGAAUUAGCAUCCCCUUUUUCAUUCUGCAACGUGGGCUUUUAUUUCCUGCGUUACACCUAAUCACCGGUGGCUAAACUAAUUUCUACCUUUCAAUUCAUCACUAGCAUCACAUUGUUGAACUAAGGGAAGAGCCCCAAAAUUAGGAGAUUCCCUGCUCAUACAGAAGUUUCUAGUAUAAAAUUUGGCCUGUUGUGUAGUUCACUCCAAGCCAAUCUAAAUUACGCAAUAAUUUUUUAUAACAUAGUAUUAGGAAAAUACAUAGUAAACAGAAGGUGGGUAGUGCUUUAGGCGAAAUCCAUGUUUUGUAGCCUACAAAUGAAAGUACAUAUGGUCUGCAUACUUACUAGUUUUACUGAAGCUAUGACUGUUUAGAUUCUCUAUAUGGUAGGAAGUGCUUUAAGUGAAUCUCUGUUUUGUGGCCUACAGAUGAAUCCAUGUUCUUCUGAUAUAACAAAUUCUGAAAUUGUGCGAGUUUUUUGCAUACAAGUCAAUGAAUAAACUAUUAUCAUAACUAUGACCAGCUUAAAUUUUCUAGGAAAGGUAAGGAAAACGCAGAGUGGAAUGACAAGAAAACAAAAGCUACCGAAAUUCCCUGGUCAAUGAUUGAACCUCUCAUCAGGGAAGACCAACAGCUUGCAAGAGGGGGGGCUGGUACCGUAUAUCAGAUCAACUUGGAAGGCAAGGAUGUUGCUGUCAAAGUUUGUGAUUAUAAGCCCCAGGAGCCUGUGAUAUAUCUGCAGUGGAAGGCUGAAACCAAAUACCUAAAUGAGUUGAACCAUGAUAAUAUUAUCAAAAUGAUUCACUUUGGCGAUGACAAGGAUGCUCGAAAACUAUUUGUUGUCUAUGAGCUCAUGACUGGCACCGUGGCUACCCAACUACAAGAGCUUAAUUGGGGUCAAACAAUUAAAGUACUCAAGCAAACAGCAGCUGCAUUGGCAUUCAUGCAUGAACAGAAGCCAGAAGCACUACAUAAUGACAUAAAGCCAGGAAAUAUACUAUUGGAUAAGAAAUUCAAUGUAAAGCUUGGGGAUUUUGGUUCUGCAACUUCCAUUGACAAGAUUCCACCUACUGGAACACCUGGAUACACACCAACACGAAGUACAUUAUACAGAGGAAAUGCACACCCAAAAGUUGAUGUCUACAACUUUGGAGUGACCUCACUCCAACUGCUGAUGAAGUGUGACGUGGUAAGAUAUCCACAAGAGAACACUAGGAGGGGAAAGUCAGCAGUGCGAGAUGACAAACAUUCAGAAGACCCAGGACACAUAGUUGCUAUUGCAAAUCGACAACCUGGUCAUGUAGUAGAUGGAAAAUUACUCCAGACCGGGUGUUCAGAGGAGACAGCAAUUGAGAUUACAGAUCUGAUCAAGAAGUGCUGUGACAUUAUCCCUGGAAAGAGGCCACACAUGAAGGAUGUCCUAAAGAUGUUGGAGAAACUUAAGUAGACACUAAAAAGGGUCUGGACAU